AUGGAGAAAACCACAGUCCUCUUCCUCACUAACAGUGAGCUGGGACAGGCCUCCGUGAGUCUGGCUGUCAUCCACGAAUUCCUCCUUCGUCCCGAGUACGAUGUGCAUAUCGGCUCCUUCCCAGCUCUAGGCCCAGCUGUCACCAGGAUGAAUGCUCGUGCCAAAAGCCUCGCAUCCGCUCAGCAGGAAGCCACUUUCCAUAUGCUGUGCGGACUGUCGAUGAAAGACGCGUACUUCCAGAAGGUCGGUAACCGUGGUACUUUCAACAUUCAUCGUGUCGGCUUGAGGGGCGCCAUGAGCGCGUACAAGUCUGUUCUAAUCACGGCCAUCGCGCCCUGGAACGGAAGCGAGUACAUGGCGGUUUACUUCCAGUGUUUUUUCGUCAUACAGGAAGUCCAAGCUGCUGUUGUAGUCGUUGACCCAUUGUUUGCCCCGGCCAUCGAUGCGUGCCUCAAGUUGAAGAUCCCAUAUCUCGUCCUGAGCCCCAAUACUCUCAAGGACCACUGCCAGGCGAAGCUGGCGAACUUCUGGAGGGUGCCCGCACUCUGUUCCGGUUAUUCGUACCCUCUGCCUCUUCACAGAAUCAUCCCAAAUACAAUUCUGAUGCUGGGUCUCGGGCUGACCAUCCACAAGUCAUCCGAGCUCAAGGAGCUUAAAAAAUACCGUAACGCGAACGAGCUCAGCGGUAAGACUCCGGGAAUGAUCUCUCCUUCCGGCGAUAAAACUCCUUUUCUGGUCCCCUCCAGAAAAGAGUACGAGUUUUCUCGCCGUGUCCCGGGUAACUUCACCCUCUGUGGCCCGAUCAUUCGUCCUUGGGGCGCAUUGGAAACAGAGAAUGCGGAUCUCGCCAGGUGGGCCAGGCGGGCACCAACCGUCCUGGCCAACUUUGGCUCUCAUGUCGUCUUUGAUAAUGUCACGGCGAGACAGUUCGCUCAAGGCAUCGCUCUUCUGCUCGAUAGACGACCCGAGACACAGAUCCUUUGGAAACUGAAGUGGAAUCCCGAGAUCAAGGUUGAUGACAAGGCGUUCGAGAGCAUUCGUGGCGCUAUCGCAGAUAGACGCGUGCGUAUCACCGACUGGCUGCGUGUGGAGCCCAUAACCCUCCUGAUGAGCGGCCAUAUUGAAUGUCUCAUUCACCACGGUGGUUCCAACUCGUUCCAUGAAGCAAUCAGGGCCGGCGUUCCCCAGGUCAUCCUCCCUGUGUGGUUUGACACGUACGAGUUCGCGGCUCGUGUUGAGUGGCUGAAAAUCGGUAUCUGGGCCAAUCGAAAGACCGCUCCCGCCAUCAAUGGGAAGCACUUGGGACGCUCUCUAAUUCGAAUCUUAGCCAGCAACGACAGCCCCAAGAUCUUCGCCAACGCAAAAGUCCUUGCCUCCCUGCUGGGACCUCGGGAAGGACGUGUCGUCGCGUGCGAGAAGAUCAUCGAGUUUAUCAAUACUCAAAAGCAAGGCCAAGACCAGAAGGACCAGAACCAGCAGGACCAUGCAGAAGAGCAGAACGUCGAGCAGGUGCCGGUCAGAAACGAGGAGAGAACUCCAGAGGAGCUUACUUCGCAGGACUGA